AUGGGCAGUGGUGAUGGCGACGGAAGCGUUGCCGCUGCGGAGGGUGCUGGUUCCGGUGAGACUCUAGGUGCCGGUGGUGCCGAUGCCGCCAGUGUUGGUGGUGGUGGUGCCGGUACUGCUGUCCACCCUGCCGCUGCUGCCCUGCAAGCACUCACCCUCGCGUCGCUGCCGCCACCCUCGGUUGUGCCGUCUAUCGCAGCACCGCUGGUAUCGGAGGCAGCAGCAGCGCUGGCAUCGCUGACAGCAGUAUCUGCAGAAUCAGUGGCAUCAUCAGAAUCCCCGACCUCCCAAUCCCCACCCUCACAAUCCCUGCCCGCCCAGUCCCAGCCCUCACAGUCCCCGCCCUCUCAGUCUCAGCCGUCUGUGCUGCCGUCCUUCCUCUCACCAGCGUCGCUACCAGCCCCCGCAGCAGCAUUGCCAGCAGAAGCAGCAGCAGGCACAUCGUCAGGAGGACUACCAUCAACAGCAUCAGCAUCGGAAUCACAAGCACAAUGCGCAUCCCCCUCAUCUACCUCGUCCUCAUCCCCCGGAGGGGCUCUCUACAUUCCCAUGACCGCCAUAAGCGGGUGGGCGGACCCUCAACCUCCACCCAUCACCCCAUUGGCCAAUGCCAGCCUGGCUGCUGACGUCAUUGCGGACGUGGCAGGAGACGUGGCUAGAAUUGGGGGAAUUCCCAGCGAGCCCCUGCUGGGCGCGCCGUGGAGCCCCGACGGCAGAAAGUACCUUCUGGCGCUCUGCUCCACUGGCGGGAUGUCCAACCAUCUCUUCUGUCUGCGGGAGUUCGCGCUGAUGGCAGGCGCUCUCAACCGAACGCUCGUGGUGCCCAUGGGGCCACACGAGCUGACCCUGCCGCUCUCCCUCGUGUUGGACGUGCCCUUCCUGCGUGCCUGCUAUGGUCCCAAGACUGCCCUCACCCUCCACGAGUACAAGCACUUCGUGGGCAGGGGCAGCAUGGAAGUGACCCACGUGCUGUGCCUCGUCAAGGGCUGCCACCUCGUGCCUGACGCUGCGCAUGGCGGGCAGUUCAAGGCGAGCAAGGGGCGCAUCAGCCUGGCAAACGUGACAGUGCCGGCAGUGGAGCAGUGGGCGUGGUCUGGCCUGCCGGACAAGCACUCGCUGCAAGCGUUCCUCAAGGUGUACAGCCAAGUGCCGAACGGUGUGCUGAUGAUUGGCGAGUUCAAGAAGCAACCCAUCACGGAUUCCAUCUUCUUUCGAAUGCUCUCCCCUAUGGACCUGCCGUUCCUGCUGCCCCCACCCCCGGCCAAGCAGAGGGGGAAAAACGUGCCUGCCACGGUGGUGCCACGAGAAACGUGCCUCGUGUCUCCAGCCAUCCGGCCGCCUGAGCCACUGAUAGCAGCAGCGCGGCACAUAGUGCAGCUCCAUCUGCUCAACGGCCAGUUCCUGGCAGUGCAAUUCAGGAGGGGCGACUUUAAGGACUACUGCCAGAAGAAGCACCCAUCGGACGGCUGUUUCCUCCCAGUGGACCAGGCAGCACAGUGCAUGCAUGCUGCAGCCCUGACAGCACGUGUACCCCUCGUCUUCCUUGCCACCAACGCGCGGCCGCACGAGGUAGCAGCCAUUGCAGCUACGCUCCUUGAGGCGCCUCAAGAACAGUCACUGGAGGUCGCAGCUACGGCUGCUGCGGCUGAUACUGCUGCUGCUGUGGCUGCUGCUGCUGCUGCUGCUGCUGCUGCUGCUGCUGCUGCUGGUGCUGCUGCUGCUGGUGGUGCUGCUGCUGCUACAGCGGCUGCUGCAGUGGAGCAGGAACAGCCAUCUAGAGAGGCACUUGAGAGAAGACUGUUGAGUCGACUUGCAGAUGAGCAUGAGAGCCGAGGUCAGCAAGAGGAGAUGCCACUGCCAGCUGAAGCACCGCACUUACUGCAGGGUGCACAGCUGACUGGGCCCGAUUCUCAGCCGUUGGAUCCACGAUCUCAGCGAUUGAUGCCCGCGAUCGCCCGGCGCUUGCUGCCUGGUGUUUCAAGCGAAUUUGAGGCUUCACUGCAUGAUGAGCAGCCUGCCAACACCAGCAGCGGUCCUGACGCUGUAGAUGGCAGCAGCAGUGCAGUGCAGCUUGUAACGCUAGCGCAUCUGCUCUCUAAAGGGGACAGCAGCAUGUGGCUUCAACCGCUUAUGGAAAAUGGCAUCAAUAUCAAGACCACCCCGCAAGCGGUCGCCACGCUGGAGAAGCUGGUGUGUGCGUUGGGUGCUGGCUUUCUGGGCACAGCCCACUCCACCUUCACGAAUGACAUUGUGCGGCUGAGACACGGGUUCCGCACUGCGAGGUGCAGCGAUGACUAUAUCUGCAGUGCUGGGCCGAAAGAGGGUUAG